UCGCGACGCAAGUGAGCGCAAUGAGCACAAACGCUGGAAAAUACAGAGAUCGUACGCCUCAUAUCAAAGCGGCAGGAAAGACUAUUGCAGUCGAAGGCAACGCUAAAGAAUGCCUCUGUUCAACGUCGUUUGGACGAGAGACUCCUGACGUUGUGAAGAAGUUUCAAGGGACGAAGUCGCUUUUGAGGCCGGAACCGGGUCAGGAACGGAAAAUACAUGCGAGAGCUGGGGAUUGUAAUGUGGCUGCGGAGAUCAGGCAUGGAGUGAACACGAAGACGUCGAAUUAUGCUGGCGAUCUCACUAACCCUAAGCCUCAGACUUUAUUCAACCAAGUGAAGAAAGACCGAAAAGAGGCCAUUUAUGCAAGCAAACAAAGAGCACCAUUAGGAAAGUCACAUGAUCAACGUCCCGGCUUGCCGUCCGGCUUCGACCCCAACAGUGCGUCAUUUGGUCUUCAAACAGUUAGAGAUGGAACAGCUGCUGAGAUGGUGAGCCCUAGUAAGUCACGUGACGAGGUAGAUCAAGCAGGAAGGGAGGGACAUGAGUUGUAUGUCAGGAGUCAUGGCAGUUAUGAAGCGGGUGAGAUAGUAGAUAGAGAUUACGAUUGGAGUCACUUUACAAAGGAAAGUCUCUAUGGUGUGCCAACUCCACACAACAACGAUGGCAUUCAUGUGCGCUCAACAUUGAAAUGGAUGCACGAAGCUGAAACAGAGAAAGCAGCAAAGCUUGUGUCAAAGAGGGUGGAUGACUUUCGUGAGAAGUCACAACCACAAUUGGGGAAAGUCCACGAUCCAAUCAAAGACACAAUGCAUGUGCCAGAUGGACACUCAUUUGGCGUUAUGGUCAGACCAGAUCCAUAUGGUGCCGGAGACCUAAUCCACAAUCGGACGCCCAAGAAUUACCUGAGAGGUAAAGACAGUGAUCGUGGCAUGGUGGCUGCCAUUCGUCAACACCUAAAGAAAGAAAACUUUCAAAACUUCAAUGACCUUCAAGCAGCGUUUCAACAUUACGACAAGGAUGGCUCUAGCAAAAUCAAUGCCAACGACCUUCGUCAAGUCUGCUUUCAAUACAAUGUACCAGUGGAUGACGACAUGCUCAAACUGCUUAUUGAAUGGUGUGAUCUCAAUCAGGAUGGACAGAUCAACUACACAGAAUUUGCAAAUUUUCUUAAUUGGCAUCACAACUUGCCGACAGAAGAGGAAAUGAGUGAGAAGGCGAAGCAGGCAGAGAAGUCGGGAGAGAAGAGUUUGAUGUCACCUGGUAGACUGACGAGACAGAUUGAUGAGAAUCCUGGUGGAUACAAGACAUCAGCUCAGAUGAUUAAUGCUGUAGUUGGUGGUGUUUCUACUAAAGAUUAUCAUACUCACGGAGUUGCAACCAUUAGAAGUGAUUUACCAGCACCAAGGAUCAGACGAGUCAGUGACCACACUAAUUAUGGAGACGAGUCAGAUGCCCGUGGUUUGGUCAAUCCAAAUGUGUAUGCCAAUAUUGGAGUGUAUGAGCAGGAUUUUUUCCAAGCUCGUUCUCAGGAACAGGUACAAAGUAUAAUAGAAGCGAUGGGAGUUGAGAUGACACCGGACGUAUUCCAAGAACUGUGGGAACGAGCUGCAAGAAAUGAUGCAAACGGACUGGUCAGCAUCGAGUCAUUUCGAGCAGCAAUGGAGGAAUCACAGUCUACCCACAAAAUACCACUGACACUCGCCUAGCUAGAAUCCAAAUCUCAUGCACAGCCAUGCAACCAAGUGUACAUGCGCACAACAUCGACCCAUCCAUUCGCACCCAUCAAAAUAAAACUCAUAACUAUACACUAACUGAGAAUAUAUGUGUAUGAUGAAAUAUAAAAAAAACUUACUCGAAUCACGUGA